GUUUCCCUUAUAAGCAGGCCAUCUUUCCUUCUUUUCCACAAGCAAAAAGGAAAAAGAAGAAAAAAACAUCAUAAUAUCUCCAAUUCUGCCGGAAUGGUUUUCGCCGGAGAAAGUAGUGGACGGCCAAACAUGGGUCGGUUUGCAGCACAAGUGAUCACCAGCCGUUGGUUCUUUGUGUUUGGAACCAUACUCAUCAUGUCCGCCGCCGGUGCAACCUAUAUGUUCGGUCUUUACUCCCCGGAUAUAAAAGAGUCACUCGGCUAUGAUCAAUCCACUUUGAAUAUGCUUAGUUUCUUCAAAGAUUUGGGUACCAAUGUCGGUCUCGUUUCCGGCCUAAUCAUGGAAGUCUGCCCUCCAUCGGUAGUCCUUGGAAUGGGUGCAAUCCUCAACUUCUUCGGCUACUUCAUGAUUUGGUUAGCCGUGGAAAAGAAGAUCUCCAAACCAAAAGUAUGGCAGAUGUAUUUGUACAUGUAUAUUGGUGCAAAUUCUCAGUCAUUUGCCAAUACCGGAGGCCUUGUCACUUCCGUGAAGAACUUCCCGGAAAGCAGGGGAGUUGUGCUCGGGCUUUUGAAGGGAUUUGUCGGGCUCAGUGGUGCCAUCAUCACUCAACUCUACCAUGCUGUGUACAAUAAUGAUUCCAAGUCUCUGAUUCUCAUGAUUGGUUGGCUUCCGACAGUGGUUAACUUUAUUUUCCUCGGAACCGUUCGUAACAUGAAAGUUGUUCGAAUUGCAAACGAGCUCAAAGUCUUUUACAGACUGCUUUAUUUGUCAAUCGGGCUUGCUGGAUUUCUUAUGAUUGUAAUCAUAAUCCAGAAGCAAUUCAACUUCUCUCAGGGCGAGUAUGGAAUCACUGCAGCCGCUACUGUUGCCUUGCUGUUUUUACCACUUGCAGUUGUUAUUCGAGAAGAGCUACAGAAUUGGAGGAACAAAAGAAAAGCUCUGGAAAAUCUCCCCAAAUUGGAAGUCCUCACUGAGAAAUCAGAAUCAGUUACUGAACCAGGUUCAAAUCAGGGGAAAACAGAGCCAGUCACAAAACCAGAAACAGAGGCAGAAGAAACAAGCAAAGAAGAAGAAAUCAAGGAACCAUCUUGUUGGACGACAUGUUUCCAGCCACCAAACAGGGGAGAGGAUUUCACAAUACUCCAGGCAUUAUUCAGCCUGGAUAUGUUAAUCCUGUUCAUUGCUACAAUCUGUGGGAUCGGUGGAACUUUGACAGCAAUUGACAAUCUGGGUCAAAUCAGCAAGUCAUUAGGCUACCCGAAGAAGAACGCAAGCACAUUCAUCUCCCUUGUCAGCAUCUGGAAUUACUCAGGAAGAGUUGUCGCAGGUUUCCUAUCAGAGCAUCUUCUGAAAAAGUACAAAUUUCCUCGUACCCUUGUGCUCACAUUAUCACUUCUCUUGUCCUGCGUUGGCCAUCUCCUCAUCGCUUUUGGUGUACCCAAUGGCCUGUAUUUCGCAUCGGUGAUCAUUGGAUUUUGCUUUGGUUCCCAAUGGCCGUUGAUUUACGCCAUAGUUUCCGAGCUGUUUGGCCUGAAAUACUACUCCACUCUGUACAACGUCGGCGCCGCGGCUAGCCCAGUUGGUGCAUAUCUGUUGAACGUCAGAGUUGCAGGGUAUUUGUACGAUAAGGAAGCAAAUAAGCAACUCAGAGCUUUAGGACUGGUGAGGAAGGAAGGUCAGGAUUUGAAUUGUGAUGGAGUUGUAUGCUUCAGGUUGGCCUUCCUCAUAAUAACCGCAGUGACCUUCGGAGGAGCUCUUAUUUCUGCAAUUCUGGUGAUCAGGACAAGGAAGUUUUACAAGAGUGAUAUUUACAAGAAAUUCAGGGAGGAGGCCUUGGCGGCGGAGCAGGAAAUGGCGUUGGCCCCGGUGGCACCAGAUGCUAUUGUUCCGACAACCACUGUGAGGGAUUAGAUGAUAUUGAAAAGUAUAAUCAAGACAGAACUUGUGUAGAUAUCAUUGUUGUAAAAGAUUAAGUUUACCGUAAACUGGUGAUGACCAAAGGCUAAAUCACAAGCAGCGACUAUGUUUUUCAUUUUAAGACUUUUUCAUUGUUUCUAAAAGAUUAUAGUUUACAGUAAACCGUAGCUUUACAGUGCUGAAAUCAUCAUAAUCAAGUUUUAUCUGCAAUUAAUGUAGAACACUUCAUAGGACUAAAUACCAAUUGUUCUACUUAAGUAGUUAACACAAUUAAAUUCUUACUAUAUGUUUG